AUGGGUAUAACUCGAGAGACAGGAAAGCAAUCAAGACCCUCGACUGAUGUGACAAUGAAUAAUAAGAAGAAUAGUAAGACACCGACGGGCAAGACGCCUGGCUUGUUCUCCUCGUUCAGAGGAAAGAGACCGACGUCAACCGGCGGUGAGCUGAACUCCAAAAAGUCUCGAACCAAAAUCAACUCAAACACCGAUAAGAAAGCGUCAACAGCACUGAGCGGGAAAACUCGCAACAACCACAAUCACAAGGAGAAAUCGAAUCGUCGAAAAGUGAAGGUGGUGGCGAUGAAAUGUUUCGCGAAUGGAGAGAUGAUCGACGGUGUCAAUCAGUAUAAAGUGUCGAAUCAGAUCAGAAAAUCGACGAAACAUUUGGAUUUGGAUGUGUACGCUGUACGGGAGGUCGAACAGAACGACGAGUUUCGGAUGAAGGUCGCCAGACAGGAAUUACAGAUUUUGAAGAUCGAAGCGGCACUUCUCCGAAAACUGGAAAAAGUUCCCGGCGACAAGUGUUUCGUGUCGAUGGCAGAAUACGGUAGUAUCCCGAAAGACAAACUCGAAUUUCUCAUCGUCUCUCCAUUCGGUGCCACCCUCCACGAGAUUAUGAAGAAGACCCUUCAGGGAGCAUCACUCUCGAUGGAUUGUGCCGUCGCCGUUGGCCACCAAAUGCUCAAAGCAAUUCGUGAUCUACACUCAUUCGGCUACGUCCAUCGAAACAUUCGUCCAGCGGCGUUCAAUGUGGGUCUCGGCGCCGACGAGGCUACAGUAUACCUACAGGAUUUUCGGGCGGUUCGAAAAUUCGAGGAGAAUAAGAAACAUGUGACGGCACGUCCGAAUGUGAAAAUGUUUGGGACUGGAAGAUUCUCCUCGCGUGCUUGUCAAUCGAUGAAAGAUCAGGGACGGAAAGACGAUUUGGAGAGUUGGUUGUUCACACUUUUCUACAUUAUGGACAACUCUUCGUUGAGUUGGAAGAAGGAGAAUAACCAGGGUGUGGUGAUGGCACAGAAGGAGGCGUUUAUGAUUGGAGACGGAAAAGAGCAAUUCGCUCGCGCACCACGCGCACUCACCCAACUCCUCACCCUCGUUGGCGGCAUGGAUUUCACCAGCGCACCGGAUUACGACGUCUUCAAGAAUUGUCUUGAUCAAAUCCAGACCUCACAGAAUUUGAACCGAAAAGCGUGUGAUUGGGCGGGCAAGACGGGUCUCGAGGAGAUUGCCGGGGAUACGGACCGUAGUUUCGACUGUAAAGUGACCGGAGAACGUGACGGCGUCGUUCGCGCCGUUGCUCAUAAGGCAAAGAAACCGAAUCGCAAGAAGCUCUCCCCCGGUGACAUGAUUCUAGGAGUUGGUGCAUCUGCUGGAUGGAAAGUGAUAAAUCUUCUCGGCUCCGGAGGGUUUGGCGAUGUCUACAAAGUGCAUCGUGACAAUCAACCGGAGACGAAAUGCUACGCACUCAAGACUGAAAGUGAGGAGGGAGAGAAGCGAUAUCUCCGUCUUAAAAUCGAGGUUACUGUAAUGAUGAAGACGGCGGAGAAGAAGAAGGAGGGACAGUUCAAGAAUUUCAUUGAGUUUGUCGAUCGUGGGAAAUGUGAGGAGUUGAAGUGCAAGUUCGUCGUUAUGGGUCUCGUUGGUCCUUCUCUGGAAGACAUCCGUCGAAAAUAUCUUCUGUGUGCUUUCACCAAAGCCACGUCAUUCAACGUGGCCAUCCAGACGGUCACCGCUGUCCGAGACUUGCAUUCCAUUGGCUAUUUGCAUCGAGACAUCAAACCAGCCAACUACGCUGUCGGGCUCGGAGAACUCGAGUCUACCGUAUACAUGCUGGAUUUUGGAAUUGCUAAACUUUAUGUCAACGACAACGGAGACCAUAAAGUCAAACGUAAGAAGGUCAAAUUCCUGGGAACACUUCGAUACGCGUGCCGUGCUUGUAUGAUGCAGUUGGAGCAGGGAAGGAAGGAUGAUUUGGAGACGUGGAUAUAUCUGGUGGCUGAUUUGAUUGAUGAGGCCGCCGGAAUGCCGUGGCGGAAGAUGUGCGAACCGAAGGAGAUUUUGAAGUCGAAGAAUGGGUUCUUCACGAGUUUCGACACUCUGAAAGUGAACUCGACGCUCCGAAGUUUCAAAGAUCUGAUCGUCUACAUUGACAAAAUGCAAUACGAAACCACACCCGACUACGAAUACAUUCUGACGUUCCUGAAGACGUGCGCCAGUGACAACAAAGUGAAAUUGACGAAAAAGUUGGAUUGGAUUGGCAAGUUGACGAAGAAAGAGUUUGACAGUGAUUCGGAGAAAUCGGAGAAGCGUGGAAGUGGUGACGAUGAUGAGUAA